CCAUUGCUGGCGCUCUGCCUCCGGGCCCGCGCUUGCCGCGCCGCCGCGGGCCUGCGUCGCUGUGCGGGAGGGGGAAGGGCAGGCGGCGGCGGGGACCAGGUCAUUGUUUAUAAUGUAGCUGCAUCUGAAGAAAUAUAAAGUGGCUUUGUGUCAUGCUGACUAACAACAUAGGGCAUCAUUUAACGGUACAUCAAGCAAUGAUUCCAAGAAACCUGAAGCUGUGUCCCUACAUUUGUGGCAACAGAAUGUUGUCGGGUUACAAACCUAAAAGCAACGUCAAGGACUCCUACAAAAUUCUUGAGCUUGAGGAAGGGUGUUCCCUUGAUGAUAUCAGAAACUCGUAUCGAAGUCUUGCCAAAAAAUACCAUCCAGACAGCGGUUCUGCCACAGCUGAUUCUGAAGCAUUUAUGAAAGUAGAAGAAGCUUACAGAGUCGUGCUCAGUGAUGUGGCGACCAAAAAGAAAUCAAACGAGAAUAAUGAAGAGGAGGAAGAUCAGUUCAAGUCUAAAGCACCACAGCAUAGACACUACUUGAGUUAUGAAGGCAUUGGUUUUGGAACACCAAGCCAAAGAGAAAAGCAAUAUAUGCAAUUUCGAGUAGACCGUGCUACUGAACAAGUGUUGGAGUACCGGAAGCAGAGACUUGAAAGCCAGUAUGCUGUGACUGACCUAAUGAAAGCCAAAGAUGUGAGGCAGAGCAAAAAGGUGAAAAUAACUCAGGCAGUUGAACGGUUGGUUGAGGACCUCAUCCAGGAAUCGAUGGCGAAAGGAGACUUUGACAAUCUCAGUGGCAAAGGAAAACCUUUGCGGAAAUUUUCAGACUGUCCACAUAUCGACCCUAUGACUCACAACUUGAACAGGAUUCUGAUAGACAAUGGAUACCAGCCAGAGUGGAUCCUGCUGCAGAAAGAAAUACGGGAAACUAUUGAGCGGUUAAGGAAGAGCAUAGUGGCAUCUAGAAGUAAGCUUGGCAGGCCAAUGACACCAUAUAGGCAAAAGCAGUGGAAUUCUAUUUGUGAGCAAUUUAUAGAAGACAUCAGGAAAUUAAACAAAAGAAUUGACAACUUCAAUUUAGUUGUUCCUAUUCUGAGCAGACAAAUGGUGCACUUCAGUGCAGACAAAGAAAUUGUUCGAGCACAAAAGACUUACGAAGCUUUGAUGGAAAACAGAGACGCUUCUAAUUCAGACACAAAGGAGAAUGAAGAGGAAAAUGUUAAAAGGUUUGGGUGGAAGUCUUCUCUAUUUAAGUGGUUAAACCUUACAUUGAAAUAAGAUAAUACUAAUUCAUCUGUCUUGUCAAGAUUUUGAAUGCACUUUAUUAAUGAAACUUGUAGCACUAGAGAAAUUUCAGGUACACUGAAAAUGUAAAAUCCAGCUGUCCACUGUUACACCAGUUAAAAGGAAUUGGAUUGUCUGAUGUGCAUUUGCAGGUGUUUAAUUGAUUUAUUUGUGAAUAUUGUUAAGGAACAAAUAAAUUCAGUUAUCCUCUUGCA